AAGCAACCCGUCAUCGCCAUGCAGAUGGCCACCUCGGACGACGACGACGUGUACUUUGACGACUGCCUCGCGCUGCUCACGGGCGAAGCAACUGCUACCGCCCAGGAUGCUACACUGCCCAAGAAGCGCCAGCGCGGCCUAUCGCUUCGGAAAGAGAUCGAGCGCCUCCGUGCCAAGCGUGAUGACCUUGAGGCGCAACUGCAAGCGCUCCAGUCCCAACGCGCUCUCACGCCCACGGCGUCGGCGUGGGCCGCGCGGGCGCAGCGCCAAGCCGUUGCGGCGCAGCACGCAAUGCAUGAACACGCCCGCCUCCAAGAACUUCUACGCGAACAGCUCCGCCUUGUCGCGACGCUCCAACGCGCGUUUGCCCGGAAGCCAAAAGCGUGCAACUUUCCUUGCGCCGCAUCAUGGAAGAUGGCGAAGCUCGGCCCCAAUGGUCGCCGCGAAGACAUGCUGCGGCUAACGCAGCUCCAGUACGACAAGCUCGAGACCGAGUGGAUUCGCCACGGGUUGCACGACUUCGAAACGUCAAAUAGUCCAGAACUGGAGAUCGAUGGCGAUAUCAGCUACCUGCGCUACACGGCCACGAUGCAGGCAUCGGCGCUGCCACCCGAAGACGGGCGGCUCUUGUCGCGACGGUUUCUCGAGCCGACGCGCGCCGUUUUUGUGUGCCGAUCGAUCCACGAAGAUGCCUUGUACCCACCGCGCCCGGCUCCAUUUGUCGGCAACCAGUGCUCGUGGCUGGUGUUGCUCAAGACAGGACCGGAGAAAACCCGGCUACUCUCGUAUGCGAGGCUGACGCCACCUGUGGUGACCACCGACACGGACGAGUUUCUGACACCAAGCAAGUACACGGAGUGUAUGCUUCAGCUGCUCGACCAGUGCGGCACACCACCGAUGCUUCAGAUCACGACGGACACUGACGCCCCCGCCUUGGUGCACCCGAUGGUGCCUCUGGGGGCGACGCGCCGCAUGUCAAGCAAGCGUGAAGACGACCGCCUCUCUCAACCUGCUUUCCUCGCCGACGCAAUCGCGUUGCUCGUGGCUGUCGACGCCAAGCAACCCUUCGAUCAAGCCAAGUUGGACGAGCUCGACGAUAUCCUCACGGCGGUAAACCCUCGCAAGUGGGCGGCCCUCGUGCAUCCCAAAUCGGUGACGGUCAAGUCCCCAAAAGGCUCGGCUAGUCUUGUCGACUGGCGCCUCCAGUGGAAGGAAUACCUUCUCUGCUUGGCUGUCAAGGCCGGCUGCGACGAAGUCGUGCGCCAGCUCGUCGUGCUCGGUGCUACCGGCAGCUAUCCCGUGUGGCAUUUGGAGGAGCUCAUGGAGACACCGUACUCGGCGGUGGUCGUUGCCAUUGCCUAUGGCCGCGCGCCCAUGGCAAUUUUCUUGAUCGAGCAGCUGGCGACGCCGCUCGCUUCGGACAUGAUGGAGCUUUUUCUCUACUAUGCGAUCCAGCACGCAACGCCCCGCACGCCGACCGACGACACCAAGUUGUGCAUUUUGCGCUAUCUUUUGAGCCACGGUGCCGACCCGAACGCGAUCUUGCCGCAGACGCAGCACAAGCUUCGAGCGUACGAGUAUGCACUGCAACGCAAGGCGCUGUCGGCGGCUGUUGCGUGUUUCGAAGCCCGAGCCCCGGUGCAGCUCAAAUUCAAGGGCAAGCACGUCUUGCAGCAUGUCGCGCCCAAGCUCACGCUUCCAGCGGCGCUUAACAUCAUCCUCUCGGACCUUCCGUUCAGCGUCAAGACGACGACAUCGUUUGUCAAUGCAGUCGCGGUCGACACGUCGGUCCUCGAAGACGUCGGCCAACACCAGCACCAUACGUGGACGACGCUUCUCGACUGCUCGCUCAAGCUCCCGGACGGGCUUCGCACGAAUGUGCUCAAGGAGCUAUUUCACCAGCCGAUGUUUGCGUCCUUGGCCAAGACCGAACUCUACUCGCGAUUCUCGCUCUCGAAAGACGAGCAAGGGCGGCGUGCGCUCAGCAUUGCGGACAAGGCAACGCGGUAUUUCUUCUACGACGAGCUCAUGUUUUGUGGCCGGUACGAGCUCUACACGGGGCCGCCAUUGCACCGAAGUGAGAGUGCGAUGGUGGUGUUUGCGACCGACUACCGCCUCUAUCAGCAGCUCUAUGCCAUGUACGCGGUACCGGACGUCGGUCUCGACUGCGCGGCCUUCAAGGCUGCGAGUCAGCACCUUACCAACCACAGCGCCGACAACGAGUCGCUCGACCAUCAACUCAACGAGACGUACGCGCGCUGGGAUAAGGACCACAACCACGCCUUGAGCGAGUUCGAGUGGCUGCGCUAUUGCAGCGAAAGCUUUGGCGAAAAGUACAAAGUCGCGCUCAAGUUCAUGCGCUUCCCCGCCGACUACCGCCGCGAGCUCGCAGCGCGCGACACCACGGUCCUCAACCCGGCGUACAUUGUGCCGCACCUUCCGACCGCGACCCCGGGCGAAAUUGCAUCGGCGCUCGCAAGCUUUGCACCGACCGAGUACCUCGACUUGAGCGACUACAAGCAUCUGAUUGUGAUGCCGCCCGCCGCGCGGUCGCUCGAAGAUGUCUUCCGCAAGGAGCGGCCGUCCGCGACCAAGACGCGCAAGUGCAUGCAGCAAGUGGCAAAGGCGCUGUCGACGCUGCAUGCGGCCAACGUCGUUCACGGCGAUGUGAAAAUGCACAAGGUGCUUCGCCUCGGCGACAGCUUCAAGCUCAUUGACCUCGACGCAUCCUGCCCCCAAGGGCAGCCAGCACUCGGGGCCAAAUUUACCUCGGGGACGCUUCCGCCAGAGUGCUUUUACAAGCUCUCGUCGCCAAAGGAGCAAGAACUGCAUCAAGUGUACUGGGGCACCGCGUGGAAGCACCAGCACAACCAGCGCGAGCUCUGGGCCAAGAUGCAGCCCAGCCCCGACAACGUCGUGAUUCGCGCCUUCUACGGCGACAGCGCCUCCGAUUUGCCACCGCUACCCUAUCCCCUCGUACACGCCACACCAGCGUUUGAUCUCUGGGCGCUCGGAUGCAUGCUUUUCAAGCUCUGCAGUCUCGACAACACGCCGCUUCUUCUGUCCAACCGCGACGAAGACCUCGAGGCGAGCCAGAUGCUCCAAGCGCUGCGCUGGACCGACGACGCCCUUGCCGCCCGCAUUGCCGCCAAGGUACCCCACCCUUUGGCCCGGGACCUCAUUGGCCGCUUGCUGCGCGUUGCGCCAGCGGAUCGACUGCCCUUGGCGGACGUCCUCGACCACCCGUACUUUACGACGCCGGAAUCGACGGGCGCCUCGUCCGACAUGAGUUUUCAGAUCCUCGAAGAAGUCGCCAAGGUCAAAGACAGCUUGACGCGCAGCAUCAACGAGUCGAGCGCGCGCAUUAUUGCCCAUGACGACAGCAACACGGACAAGGUGCUGUCGGCGAUCACGACGUCCAAGAAGACGCUCAUGCACGCCAUGUACGAAGCCACCGAAGUCAACGUCCCAACAAGCUUUGUUCUGCUCCCGUGCAAAGCUGGAGCGAGCGCGCCUGGUCCGCCCGCCAAACUCCAAGACGACAUCCUCAAGUUUGUGACAACACUUGCCAAAACCAAGGCGACCCCCGAGGUCAAAGCCACGUCACUUUUCGACUGCUUUCGCGGCCAAGUCGACGCGAUGGGGUCGCUCAAGAACAAGCUCUUUAUGCAGGAGACCAUGUACCUCUACCUUUUGGACGAAGCGACUGGUGACCUGGCGCCGGUCAAAGGCGUCUACCCGAUUGCGAUUACGACCAAGACUGACGACUAUUUACGCGGCUUUACGCUCCUUCGCGGCGUCGACAAGAUCACCAAGCUCCUCGGCGUCCUGGGGGUGCCAAAGGCAGCGACUGAGAUCGUCGACCGCAUCGAAUCGGUCUUUGGCGAAAUGGAAGGCAACGUCAACAAGCUCAUGCAAGAAGCCAAGGCGACCAAAGAAAUGGUCGGACUUCGCGGCCCGCAGCUCCGGCAGCUCGAAGUGUUCUUUGAGAAGCGCGAUCCCGCAAAAACGUUCUCAGGCCUGCGACGCAUCCCGGGCGAAGACGGCCGCGCAAUCUGGACCGUUCAUGCCGCCAGCGAGUAG